UGAAGUAGAACACCAACAAACUCCAAAACCCUAAAUAUGGGAACAAAAGCAAAAAUGGCUUCUUCUCUUACCACCACUUUGGUGGUGGCAGCUCUUGCCAUCUUCUUGCCGGCAAUAGCCAAUGCUAACUACUACUACACUUCUCCUCCACCACCAUACCACUACUCAUCCCCUCCACCGCCGGUGCACUCUCCCCCACCACCUUACCACUACUCGUCCCCACCGCCGCCAGUGCACUCCCCCUCACCACCGUACCACUACUCAUCCCCACCACCACCUAAGCACCCGUACGUGUACAAGUCACCACCACCACCAACACCCGUGUACAAGUACAAAUCUCCUCCCCCACCAACACCGGUGUACAAAUACAAGUCACCACCACCACCAACGCCCGUGUACAAAUACAACUCUCCACCACCACCUAAGCACCCGUAUGUUUACAAGUCCCCUCCUCCCCCAACUCCAGUCUACAAGUACAAAUCACCACCACCACCCACUCCGGUGUACAAGUACAAGUCCCCUCCGCCACCAACACCCGUCUACAAGUACAAGUCACCCCCACCCCCAACCCCUGUGUACAAGUACAAGUCUCCUCCUCCACCAACACCCGUCUACAAGUACAAGUCACCACCACCACCCACUCCGGUGUACAAGUACAAGUCCCCUCCUCCACCAACUCCAGUUUACAAGUACAAAUCCCCUCCACCACCAACUCCGGUGUACAAAUACAAGUCACCACCACCGCCAACCCCCGUCUACAAGUACAAAUCUCCUCCGCCGCCGGAGCACAAGCCAUACUACUACUCUUCUCCACCUCCUCCUCACCACUACUGAUCAACGAAUUUUCAAUGAAAUGGGAAUGUCUGAAAAAGACAACGUGGCUGUGGCCGAAAGAGAUGGAUCCAUGCAUGAAGAGAAGAUAAAUUAAAUGAGGAAAAUUAUAUUAUUAGCAAUAAGCCAAAGGCAGACGCUCUUUCCAUAUUUUAUUUUGUGUGUUUGUUUGAUGUUUAGUGCAAAAUGUUCCCAUCUUUCUGUAAUUUCAUAUUUUCUAUAUUGUUCAAUUCUAAAGGUGUUCCUUUUCUACUUUUCUCAA